AUUCCCCUGAAUUUAAAAACAGUUACAUUUUGAGGUUAUCCAUCAUGUUUCCAGAAGAGACUGUAGAAACGAACGAAAUAUCCACGGAAAACACUGAAUCCAACGAAGAUUUCUACAAAAAUGCCAAAGAUUACUGGUCGCACCUGCCUCCAACUGAGAACACCGUCCUCGGCGGUUACGGCCACAUUUCCCAGAUCGACAUCCAAGGUUCUAGAAAUUUUCUACACCAAAUAUACACAACAGACAAGCAGUUGACCAAGGAUCGCGCCCUUGAUUGCGGUGCAGGUAUAGGUCGCAUCACCAGAUGCCUCCUUACAUCUUUCUUUCAAAAGGUGGAUUUGGUGGAGCAGAAUGCAGAGUUUUUAAAGGAAGCUAAAGUUGAAUUGGUGAAUCAUACAGAGCGAAUAGGUGAAUAUUAUGCUGUAGGCCUACAGGAUUUUCAACCAGAGCAUAAAUAUGAUGUUAUUUGGUGUCAGUGGGUGCUAGGACACUUGAUCGAUGAAGAUUUGGUUAAAUUUUUCAACAGAUGCAAAGCUUCACUAACAGAAAAAGGCUUCUUAGUAGUGAAAGAAAACAUGUCAUCUUCUGCAAAUAUAGAAAUGGACUCCACAGAUUCAUCAAUUACAAGAUCCUAUUCACAUUUUAUGGAUAUUUUCAAGCAGGCUGGCCUGAAAUGCUUCAAGAAACAGAAGCAGAUGCAUUUUCCCAAAGAUCUGUACACUGUGUAUAUGUUUGCACUUAGACCUGAGGUUUGAUAUAAACAAAUCACGAUUUAUGUAUAA